AACGUCAAGUUGACAGAUAAAACGUCAACUUUGUUUAAAUAAAAUUUUAUUAAUCAAAUUACUCAAACAAUACAAGAUUUUAAACUCAAUUAGUUUUAAUUAGCUUUUAAUGUUGCGUGCUUAUUAAAUUAACUCUAGAAAUGAAUUCGUUUUUUAACUUAAAUUUAUUCGUGUUCAGUGUAGCGAAAAAUUGAUUUAACAUCACGAUAAUAAUCGGUUUAAAAGAAAAUAUUUAAGGAGAAAUGUUGGAUUCAUCGCCGGAAGAGGAAGAUUUUCCAGGUAGACUCCUUCAUCAGGCUGCUUUAUGGGAUAACACGGAACUUUUAGAAGAUCUUUUAGCUGGGGGGCAACAAUCUUUUAUUAAUUCGCAGGAUAGUUGGGGGAGGACACCUCUUCAUGCAGCAGCAAUUUGCGAAAAUUCUCGAUGUUUACGAAUAUUGCUCAAUGCAGGGGCGGAUCCGAGUGUUCAAUGUGGUCCUCAGGGUGAAAAUAAGACUCCAAUGCAUUUGUGUGCUGAACAUGGUUACGCCGGUAAUAUUAAGGUUUUGUUGCAACAAGGGGCUAGUAUGCUGACGAGAGAUAUUAAUGGAAUGACUCCUUCUGAUUUAGCAGAUAAAGCUGGGCAUACCGAGUGUAUUGGUAUACUCAAAGAGGCUGCGGGUAAGUAAUCAAAAUAAAUUCAAAAAAUA